CGGGCGUGCGAGUGUCUGGGCCGAGCGCUGCCCUCGGGCGACGCAGCCCAACCGCCACGCUCUCGGAGGCCUCCGGCGCCAGCCUGGCCUCCUUUCGCCAACUUGGGCGAGUUUGAAGAGGGGCGAACGUCUCAGUGCUCGCUCGCCCCACCCCCUCGCAGCUGGGCAGCCACAGGGCCCCGGGCCGCUCUACCACAGCCCUGGGAGCACCGCUCUCUGCCGCGGCCCCCGGCUGGGGAGCGUUGGCCCCUGAACUCGCUCGUCCAGCCCAACCGCCCCGGCGGCUUCUCCCAGCCCUCGGGGCCGUCCUGAGCGGCCUGGCGAGGCGUCGAGCGCGGCCCCAGCUCCCGCCUCCUCGGUGCCCCGGCCCUGGGAGGGAGCUUUCGGCCCAUGCGGACCCGGGGUCCCUCCGCGGCCUAGGCCAGGCAGCUCCAGGGGCCUGGCCAAGCCCGUGGUCCCCGGGACGGCACGGAGCGCACGCCCUUGGAUGAGGUCCCGCAGCGACGCCCCGGCCCGCCCCGCUCCUCCUCCUGCCCGGCCAAGCUGCCUCCCAUUUGGGGAGUUUUGUGGGUUUUCUUUCUCCUCCUCCAACCUCCGCGGAGGCCACGACUCAGGCGCCGCAGCCGGGGGCCGCCUCCAUGGUGCCGGGCGGCCGCUGCUGAAGUCAGCGAAAGCGAGCCUGGCCUGGAGCGGGCCGCGCGGGAGGCCAAGGCCAUGGCCAUAGCCACGUCGCAGGCCCAGCUGGCCCGGGCACUCUACGACAACACCGCUGAGUCCCCGCAGGAGCUGUCCUUCCGCCGAGGGGACGUUCUACGGGUACUGCAGAGGGAGGGCGCUGGUGGGCUGGAUGGCUGGUGCCUCUGCUCUCUGCACGGCCAGCAGGGCAUUGUGCCCGCCAACAGAGUGAAGCUUCUUCCUGCGGGCCCGGCACCCCAGCCCAGCGUCACCCAGGUGCCCCCAGCCCAGCCUGGCUCACCACAUCCAGCCCCAGAGCACGGCAAUGAGGACCAGGAGGUAUAUGUGGUGCCACCCCCAGCUCGGCCCUGUCCUACCUUAGGACCUCCGGCUGGACCCUGCCUGCCCUCCCCUGAUCCCAUCUACAAGGUCCCCAGAGGGAGUGGGGCCCAACCGGCUGCCCCUGGAGACACGCUGGAGGUCUAUGAUGUGCCCCCUACUGCCGUCCGAGUUCCAUCCAGUGGCCCCUAUGACUCCCCUGCCUCCUGUACCCGCCCUCUGGCCCGGAUUGCCCCGCAGCCCCCUGGAGAGGAUGAAGCUCCCUAUGAUGUGCCCUUGACCCCAAAGCUACCGUCAGAGCUGGAACCGGAUCUGGAGUGGGAGGGGGGCAGAGAACCCGAGCCCCCCCUCUACGCUGCCCCCUCCAACCUGAAACGGGCCUCAGCCCUGCUCAAUCUAUACGAAGCGCCGGAGGAACUGCUAGCAGAUGGGGAAGGUGGAGGCACCGAUGAGGGCAUUUACGAUGUGCCCCUGCUGGGGCCAGAGGCACCCCCUUCUCCAGAGCCCCCAGGAGCCUCAGCCUCCAAUGACCUGGACACCGUGGCCCUGCUUCUGGCCAGAAGCCCCCCACUCCCACACAGGCCCCGCUUGCCCUCAGCCGAGAGCCUGUCCCGCCGCCCUCUGCCUGCCCUGCCUGUCCCUGAGGCCCCCAGCCCUUCCCCUGCUCCCUCUCCUGCUCCAGGCCGGAAAGGCAGCAUCCAGGAUCGACCUCUACCCCCACCCCCACCCCGCCUGCCUGGCUAUGGGGGCCCCAAGGUUGAGGGGGAUCCAGAGGGCGGGGAGGUAGAGGAUGAUCCAACAGGACACCAUAAUGAGUAUGAGGGCAUCCCGAUGGCUGAGGAGUACGAUUAUGUCCACCUGAAGGGCAUGGAUAAAGCUCAGGGAUCUAGGUCCCUGGAUAAGGCCUUCCCAGGGGAUCCUGAACUGCUGGAGAGGGGGUCACCGGAGCAGCAGGAGGCCCCGUCCCCAGGGGAGCCGCUGGAUCUGCCCACCGGAGACCUACAGCUCCUGCACUUCUACGCAGGCCAGUGCCAGAGCCACUACUCAGCACUGCAGGCAGCCGUGGCAGCCCUCAUGUCCAGCACCCAGGCCAAGCAGCCCCCACGCCUCUUCGUGCCCCAUGGCAAGCGGGUGGUGGUGGCCGCUCACCGCCUGGUGUUUGUAGGGGACACUCUGGGCCGGCUGGCAGCGUCCGCGCCUCUGCGAGCGCAGGUCGGGGCUGCAGGUACAGCACUGGGCCAGGCACUACGGGCCACGGUGCUGGCUGUCAAGGGGGCCGCGCUGGGCUACCCAUCCCACCCUGCGGCCCGAGAGAUGGCACAGCGCGUGGCGGAGUUGGCAGGGCAGGCCUUGCAGUUCACCUCUCUGCUCUCCAGCCUGGCCCCCUGAGGGCCCCCUCCAGGACCUGCUCCUCCCCUCUCCUGCCUGCUGGAGCCCCCUUUUGGGCCUUGGGUGGCCGGAGGGCUCCGUUUUAGGGACCGGGAGAGGCGGGGGCGUCUUUCCCCUUCCAGUCAUCUCAGUUUCUCACAGAGAUGUUCCUCCCCCUCCCGCAGCUUUUUGUACGAGCCAUUUUGUAUAAAUUAUUUAUAUUUAAUAUUAUUCCCUGUUUUGUCAGGGGCAAGUGCCAGGCCCUUUGGGGCAGGGAGGAACUGGACUCUUUUCUCUCAGCCUGGGGUGGAGGUUCUUGGUCACUGCACUGGCCCCCACCUCUGGAAAUGGCCCCACAGAGAAGCAGGUGCCUGAAUCUUGGGCCCACCCGGAGCCCCUUUCUUGUCCUGGUUCUUGGCUCUAGAACAUCAGCACCUCACUGUUGGCCGAGAGUGAGGGCAGGACAUUGACCGCCCAAAAUGUGGAGGUCUGGGAGAGGCCCGAGGGCUCCUCCCCAUGGGAGGCAGGACAGAGCUGGGCCUCAGUAAGCCCUGCUGUCUGGUUCUCUGCCUCUGCUUCUUGGGUGCUUGGGGGAGGAGCUGGGCCUGGUGGCCCUUGGCCAAACCGACGGGACACACACUGGGCAGGAUGUCCUUAGGUUUGGGGGGAGAUUUUGCUGUUAUUUUCAGUAACUAUUCAUUCGGCGGGGUUCAGCUCCCAUGAUGUGCCAAGCACAGUUCUGAAGGUACACCGGGAUGGGAUGGACAUAAC